AUGGCGCCUCACAGAUUCAUGCCGGAGGUGGUGUAUGAUUAUGUCGAAGAGCUCGACGCGAACUUGGUCUGCGCGAUAUGUCAAUCAGCUUUAGUCGACCCGGUCACUACCACCUCGUGCAAACAUACGUUCUGCAGAGACUGCAUCGAGCGAGCAAUAGCGGUCAAUCCGCAGUGUCCUAUCGACCGAUCUGCCCUCACGACGCACAGUCUGAGAGAGACGGAACAGCUCGUAAAGCUGAUGCUGGAUGAGCUGAAGGUACGAUGCGCAGCAGAUGGGUGCGGGGUGGUCAUGCAGCGGGGAUUGCUCUUGGCGCAUCUAAGAACGUGUCCUAUGGCUGUCACGAUGUGCGAGGAUGGAGAGUGCGGUUUGAAGAUGCCAAAGCAGCGUGUCUCGGAGCACCGGGCGUACGAGUGCUUUCAGCGCAAAAUGGAGUGCGAGCGGUGCGGCGUAUUCCUCACCUUCAAGGAUCAAACCCCUCGCCAUCUGAAGCCUUGCGCAUCUCGGAGCGGACCCCAUGUCGACCAUAACCCCUGCGAAGCCUGCGGAGAGAAGUACGAUACCAGCCCCACGCUUCAUCAAUGGGCCUGCCCCUCCGCCCGAGUUCCUUGUACACACACAACCCGCGGGUGCCCCGCCAUCAUUCCCCGCUCCGAACUCGACGCCCACCUCAAGCUCUGUCCAUUCGAAGCCAUGCCAGCCUUCUUCAUCGCCAACGAUGCGCGAUUUCAGGCUAUGGAGGAGCGGCAGGAGGUACUCGUGAAAGAGGUGGCGAUGCUGCGGUCGGGAUUACAGGCGGAACGGGCAUUGGCGGGGACGAAUGGAUGGAGGGUGUCGGAGGGGCGGUACCUGGAUCUGAGGGGCGAGCCGAUGCUUGCUGGAGAGACGGCUCGGAGCGACGCUAGGGCUACACGUCCUGGAGAUGCCGCUGACUCCGGACUAUCGCCCUCGGACACGCUGGAUCACCCGUCGGAGACUGUAGCGUCUACUACGGGACCGCAGAAUACAGCAAGUCCCCCUCCAGCCGGAAUCACAGCUCGCGCCGCCGCAGACUUUGCCGCUCCUCGUUCCCUCUUUUCUCCCUCAUUCGGCUCGCGCCAGUCCUACGCGGACUGGGCGUUCCAUCACCUCUCCGAUCCGAUGCCAUCGACUUUGGCGGCGCUGGAAGUGGCGGUAUCGAGGCUGAGGCGGGUGGUGCUGCAGCUCGCGUCGGGCCUGGAUACUAUGGAGCGGCGUAAUGAAGUGCGGACCAUGACUGAGUCGCUGCGCAUCUUGGAGGAGGUCGGCGCAUUACGAGCUAUAGUCAACACCAUACGACUGCGUGAGUUGCUUUGCCUCUUCGAUUGA